CACCUGUCAUUCGAGGAUUGCAUAAAAACAGCUCUGUUAAAAAUGGCCAGUUUGGCUAGAUUAUUUCAAAGAAUUACGAUUUCCCCCGUAGCGAGAGAUGUGUGCCAGACCGCCGUUCGACCCAUAUCGCUGGAGAGUCUGGAACGGUAUCUAAACAAGCCGAAACCAGGCAAGGGAAAAGCGUACCGGCGCAUCGUUCACUAUCCUGGCGAGUACACCGUGGAACCCCUUCGUGUGACGAACCUCGCCGGUCGAGAUCCCGAAACUGGCCGGUUGAUCGCGAAAGGUAUCGGCGGAGGUAUCAAGCACAAAUAUCACUGGAUCAAGUGGAUACGAGAUGGACCGAGUGAAGGAUCGCCGCAAAUCGAGAAAGUGAUCGAUGUGAUCGACGAUGGUUGCCGCACGGCGAAGGUUGCGCUGGUUGCGGUGGGCAAUGAAAUGAAGUAUAUUCUGGCGACGGAAAACAUGAAACCGGGAGACUUGAUCAAAACAUCUCGCUUCAUCCCACGAAUACCCGUCCGUGCGAACGAAGGUGAUGCAUAUCCGCUCGGUGCGCUGCAGGUCGGAACUCAGAUUCACUGCCUGGAAAAGUACCCUGGCCAAGCCUGCCAUCUGAUCCAUGCUGCCGGAUCAUACGGAACGAUUUUGCGCAAAUUUGGCGAUCUCGUUGUGGUGCAGUUACCGUCGAAGCAGGAGUUUGCCUUCCAGCAAACCUGCAUGGCCACCGUAGGUCGUCUGUCGAAUGUGGCCCACAGCAAGACCCCCAUCGGUUCGGCACAGAAGAAUCGCGAGCUGGGAAACCGCCCGCGGUCGGGCCUAUGGCAGCGUAAGGAUGGUCGUCAUGGACGUAAGAUUCGACGGUUGCCACCGAUGCGAGUGAUUCCGGAACCGUCCGCGAAAGCCCCCGAGCCGCUAAAACUCACAUUAAAACUGUAGUGCUGUAUGGUGUCGUGGGAAUGGCCACUAGAGCAAUGCCAAGCAUUAGAAAUACAGUCAGCAUUGUAACGUUUCU